CGAGCCGGGGUAUUCGAGCGACGACCCUGUUGCAACGUUGCUAGCAUGUCAACCCGGCCCGGGAGAUUUACGAUGCGCGACGGGACGACUUUGGCGUAGUGCCCGUUUCGGAUCUCCGAUAUUGCGGUCGACACGCGGGCCUUGUACUCGGACUCAUUGACCCGGAGAUCGAUCACCAUCUGGCUGUGGCAGGUAGGUGUCGUUGUUUGCACCUCAUGUGAGUAUGAGAGGUAGACCUUCAGAAAUUUGCACAACGAUCGAACUUCCUCCUCUACACAGCCGGAAACAGUAAUCCCAUCUCGCGAAACGGCUACCUGCGCACACGGCACCAUGAGACUAAGCAGCGGCCAUCGCCCAGGCACGUACCCUCGUCCAAAGACAUGAGCCGAGUAAUUGAACCCGACGUGACCAAAGAUGUUGCCGUGAGAGGAGUAUUCCGAGAUAAAGUCCCGCGCAAGCACGGGUAGAGGUUCGUGAACAGGGAUGACCUUCUCGCCUUCGCCCUGGAAAUAUCGAAUCAAUUGUUCGCCAUCGGAGCUCACAAUCAAGGAUGCAUAGCUGUCUAGCCCGAUAUACCAUGUUUCCUCCCGUUCGUAGAUAUAGUGGUUUCUUCCUUUCUGGUGAGAUAGGAUCGCGACAACAGCAUCUAAUGGGUCUUCCGGGGCCAGGAAAGUGAUUGGUUUGCUAGGUUCAAUCAUGUUGAUGUCAAGUGGUGGGAGAGAACUGGCAGGGACAGGGGAUACUCGAAGACGUUGUCGGUUUGAAAAGUCAUGAAGGUCGUGGCAUCUACUCCGUAGCAGGAGUACGAACGAUGCAGAUAAGCCUCGAUGCUACUUGCACGGUAACGACCCAUUAUUUGCGCAAGAUGACGUACGCAUUCCUGCAUGAGACACAUCAUCUGAACGUCUUUAAACUUGGGAUCCAACGACCUCCCUUGCGUUUGUUAUCUUCGAAGCGAGGAAACGCCUUACACAAUCCCGGCUUCUAGGGUUGAGAUGCUGCCUUCAUUUACUAUAGAUAAGGUACUUGAACCAGAGAGAAUCGUCAUCUCCGAUAAGAAAAAACACCAUGACCAAGUCAGCGCCAAUGUCUACACACGACGUCCAAACAACCCUUAACUUCAUCGAAGAGCAACCUGACGGCUCGCAUCUGACCCCAACCUACGUCGGUAAGCCCAGCUCGUACAUCCGUCCAAUAACAACUGUUCCGGUCGUCAUCCACGACGUCAGAGGUCGCGAACAAGACUACACGCUUGACAAUAACGGCUUCCAAUUCCAUCACCACGCAAGCCAGACGAAAGACCUCUCCGACCUCGACGACGACGCGAUCAAGACACACUACUACCCCGAGAUUGACAACCUCAUCAAAGACGUGACCGGCGCAUCACGCACCUACGUCUUCGACCACACCAUCCGCCGUGCAGCCCAAGACUUCCAAGGCUCCUCACCGCAAGCCCGCGGCCCCAUCCAGCGCGUGCACAUCGACCAGACCGACGCUGCAGCCAAGCAAAGAGUGGAGUACUAUCUCGGGGACGAAGCUCGCUCGCUCCUGAAAUGUCGGUAUCAAAUCAUCAACGUCUGGCGGCCUUUGAAACCCGUCCUUCGGGACCCGCUCGCUGUAGCCGACGCUCGAACAGUCUCCGACGACGAUCUCGUCCCGAUUAAGAUGAUCUAUCCAGACAAAGUCGGCGAGACGUGCUUGGUAAAACCGAAUCCUCGCAUACGGUGGUAUUUCAGGGACAGACAGACGCCGGACAUGGUGACGCUGUUCAAGUGUUUCGAGUCGAAGACAGAUGGGCGAGCACGGCGGGUGCCGCAUUCUGCGUUUGUGGUUCCGGGGACUGACGGGGAGGAGGCGAGAGAGAGUAUUGAGGUUCGAGCUCUGGUUUUCUAUUCAAUGGACGAGGAAUAGAUCUAUGGAUAGGUCUAGCUACAUACAUCAUCCCUCUAAUCCAAGCCGUGACAGCGAACAAGCCGUUUAGUAACAGUGCCGUCUUCAUGUAUAUCGCUUUUCUCUUCCAGACGAUAACCGCCUCGUCGCGGUAGUACAACCGUCCAAAGAUACCAGUAAAUCACGCCCGUGAGGAGU